CCACUCGAUCAAUCCUUCCCUUUCGUUGGUUCUAGAGUUGUUACUUCCUGGUAUAGCAAAGCUACUUAAGCUGUAACAUUAUGGAUAAUACGCAAAAAGGAAAAGAUGAUGAGCAAUCGAGAACAGGGGAGAUGCAAGGGACAGGAUUGUCCAAUGGUAGUUUGGUGGGAAAGAUUCAAGAACAGUAUAACAAGAUAAAGGAGAAUGCAGAAACAUACCCUUAUGUAUGGGGUUCAUAUAUAGCUGUAUAUGGGGGCUUUGGGCUUUGGCUUGUAUAUAGAGGUAUGAAACUCCGCAGAAAAGAAGACAGGGUUCGUGCUCUUCAAGAGCAGCUCCGCAAGCUUGUUGAAUCUCAAGAGAGUGAAAUCUCAUCAGUUUCUGGAUCUAGCACAAUUCACCCCCCCAAAGUAUAAAAACACCGACUAGCUGGUUUGUUAUGUCCUCUUGAAGCUCAUCAUUGUUAUGGAGUAUAAUUUUUGAAAAUAGUCCAGUUAUAUCCCACUGCCACUAUGACAAUCUCGUUAGUGGUGACUGUUUUGCUUUCAUCUCACUUUUGGUGUGUGAUUAUGUAUUUCUUGCCAUUUAUGGUCCUCCCGAUCAGUUAUACUGUCAAUUGUAUAAUUUCUUAUUGAUUUUUCACUGGAGAAGGACCUUAAAUGUUUGAAAUUCACAGUCAUGCAUCAAAAUGCAGAAAACCUAAACACCACCGGGCGUAGCUCAACUGGUACCCAGGGAGUGACACAAGGGUCCCGGGUUCGAAUCCCGGCAACUGCGAUGAGAGGUUAGUAUGCUAAAAAAUGCAUAGGCCUCUUCAAGUAGCGGGUAUAGAGCUCCACUCUCUAUCUGUCAGAUUGAGAUUAUAGUCCAACUUACAUACUACCAACUAAUCGUCCGGUCGGGGUUGGGGGCCCUCACGUAUGGGGUGUUAUCCUUUUUUUAGAAAACCUAAAUACCUGGACUGAAAGUGACCCUAUACACAUGAGAUAGAAAUUCAGAAAGUAGAUGUUUUUUUGUAAGUUUUCAUUUCUGUCUUGUUGGACCCUACAACGUCAAGUUGGGCUAGGUUGGAUGGCUCAGAUUUUCUCACCUUAAUUCAUUUGACCACCCACACGAUCAAUAGUCCUUGACACCCUUUGUUUUGUAAGCCUCAUUUCAUUAUAUACUGGGUUGGCAGUUGGCAAGAGCAUCAUUAUAUCGCUGAAUGGAAAUAUGGAAUUGUUUGGGGUGGGUCGGUACCUUUGUCUUUUAUGAACCUAUUCUUCGGUUAUAGUUUGGUUAUUCAUUAUUUGGUUUUCAAGUCAGCCGCUUUGUAUUUUGUACUUGCAAUCAUUUUGAAUAAACUAAAGAACUUGCUUUUUAGCUAUUCUGAGUUUUUGUUGAAGAAAGCUCUUCUGAGUUUGAUGAAAUGGUCAUAGUUUUGCAUUUGUG